AUGCCAUCUUUGCUUGACCUUCCCUUGGAACUCUUGAUACAGAUCGUACAAGAAACGAUCCCGGUGGAUUUUGAAGCCACUGCCCUCUCUUGUAAAGCCCUGUUUGCUGCCAGCGCUCCUUAUCGGGUGCAAUAUGCCAUUCGACGGAAACGGUUUCGAAAUUUCCAAUUUUCAUCAAAAGUCGAUGAGAAUCUAGAAGGAGCAGAGGAACCCGGCUUAGGCGACUCUUGGGAUAAAAUUACCCAAGAAACCGGCAUUAAAAUUGUGACCACACGGGAGCUAUUGGAACAGAUCGCACUGGACCCCUCUGUGGCGCAAUACAUACAAUCAAUUGACCUUAGGGAGCAUGGAGAUAAUGAGGAAGAUGAAGAAGUGAUAAAUUCCUUGGAAACAGAGGUACCUAGAGCUCUAAGGGACUUGGUUUUUGCGUCGCCCUUUAUUGCAGCCAUCGAGGGGAACCCCAAUGACUGGAUUGGAGGAAUCGGAGAGUCCAUAAUAGAUGCAGAUGUCUUUCUCCUGACCUUGCUACCACAAGUGCGAGAGAUAGCUUUACAUCCACGUUGGGAUGAAGUAAGUCCAGAUGAUGAACGCCUGUGGCCGGUACUCAGUCUUAUUACGCACCGGGCCAAUCAUAAGGAGAAAUUUCCCGAUGCGCCGUUGUCCUUGCUGUCCGUCGUGCAGCCCUCCCGGGACAUGGGCUAUGAAGAGAAAUCACGAUUGACACCAUUCGUACCAUUACUAACGAUCCAUUCUGUGUCCGAAGUCAACUUGUGUAGCUGCGUCUUCAAGGAUGACGGGUACACUGGAUACGCCUUCGACCCAUUGGUGGAAUGCUACAGCGCAAACUUGCGGAAAUUGAGUAUAGAAUCCUCUGUCGCCGGCGUAGAGGAGCUAUCACAACUACUCUCGCGAAUCCCGAACCUAGAGACCUUUGAGUUUUCUCAUGAAACCAAGUGGCAUGGCUGCGGUUAUAACUGGAACGUUGGUGCAUUUUUGGAUACGGUGCAAGAUAUCUGUGCAAAGACGCUCAAGGAAUUGUCGGUAACAAAUCUCACCGAGUGGUGUAAUAGAGGGGCCACACUGGUGGAUAUGACUCGUUUCCAGGUAUUGGCAGUGCUUGAUUUGGGCGUCGAUAUGCUUUGCGGUCCCGCAUAUGAUCCGUCGAUGAGAGCUUUAGAAUGGGAUGAAACUGAAUGGCAUGGAAAUCCAGCCUGGCCCAAACUGAUCGAUAUGUUGCCAGCAUCCAUUGAAAGGUUCAACUUGUACCUUGAGACAUUCGAUGAUGAUCAUCUGAAGUGCAUCUCUCAUCUGAUUGAGGGCCUUUCUGAUGCUCGGGCCACAAAACUGCCCCGUUUAAAUGAUCUGAGCCUUUUUGUGCAAAUGGAUUCCAUAACGAUUCCAGACGUGGCACUUGAAGUUUUGAAUGCUGCGAAGGAAAGUGGUUUCUCGAUCUUGAAGGUUGCUACAUCCGUCCCUCUUUUAUAG